AUGGCAACAGUUCGAUGGAGAGAUCAAGUUGUUCUUCUUGGAGGUAAUGAUGGAAGAGAAGCAUUGAACAGUGUUGUCAUGUAUGACAUUAACAAUGGCAAGAUAACAUUCUUACCAUCCAUGUUGGAAAAGAGAUAUGGGUGUUGUGCAGUUAUAACAGAUGAUACAAUUAUUGUCAUGGGAGGUGUGAAUGAUAAAGGUGAAUAUCUUAAAUCAGUGGAGUGUUUGAAAAUGGGAAGUAAUUUUUCAUGGACAUACCUUCCUUCAAUGAAAAAACCACGAUCCCAAGCCAUUGCUGAAGUUUUACCCUUUGGACCAAAGUAUUAUUAA